AUGUCUCUGACCAUCCUAGAAGAAGAGAUGGCGUGCAGAGACAGGCCCAGAAGAAGAGAUGGCGUGCAGAGACAGACCCAGAAGAAGAGAUGGCGUGCAGAGACAGGCCCAGAAGAAGAGACGGCGUGCAGAGACAGGCCCAGAAGAAGAGACGGCGUGCAGAGACAGGCCCAGAAGAAUAGACGGCGUGCAGAGACAGGACGCACAGGCCGAUUGAAGCGUCUCACUGACGGCGGGGACUCUGAACACGGGCCUAACACUUCUAAGUCAAGGAUACUGGACCCAGGGGCCGCGAUGGGAGCGGAACUGGCAGAAAGUAAUGAGGACAACUCCAGCAACUCGAAGAGUGAAGUUCUGAUCAACCAGCUGAGAGAGGUGACGGGCAUCCAGGAUCCACAGGUCCUGUACAGAGCGCUCAAAGCGAGUCAAGGGGACGUUGCUCUCGCGGUGGGUUUGCUCACGGCUCAGACCGGAGAAGUGCAGGAGCCGGAGGAAGCGCCGCAGGGGGCCCCUGGACAUGGUAAAGAUGAACUCCAAGCUGCCAUCGAGCUGAGUCUGCAGGAGUCUCAGAAAGCUCAGGAGGAGGAGAAAGAAUUCCACCGAGCUCUGGAGGCCAGUGCGGAGGAGAGCGCCGCCCGCUCAAAGAGGAGACGGUGUGAAGGCCAGAGCGACAUGAGCAGCCCCACAGACUGGAUCCGGCAGGAGGAGUGGCCCGUCGGCAUCCGCAACGUGGGGAACACGUGCUGGUUCAGCGCAGUCAUACAGUCACUCUUUCAUCUUCCUGUUUUCAAAAGGCUGGUCCUCAACUACCAUCUGUCGGAGCGUUUGUUAGAGAAGUGCAAGACAAAUUCAGAUAAGAGGAACCUGGCGUUCAUGCAGGAGCUGCGCUGUCUCUUUGCUCUGAUGGUGGGAUCCACGCGCCGCUUUGUGGAUCCGUCUGCUGCUGUGGAGCUGCUGCGGGACGCCUUCAGGACCAGCGAGGCGCAGCAGGAUGUGAGUGAGUUCACCCACAAGCUGCUGGACUGGCUCGAGGACGCCUUCCAACUGGCUGCAAAUGGAAAGGAGGAAAAGGACAAACUGAAGAACCCCAUGGUCCAGCUUUUCUACGGCACUUUUGUCACAGAGCGCAUGCACGAAGGUAAGACUCUGUGCAACAUGGAGCAGUUUGGCCAGUAUCCGCUGCAGGUCAACGGCUUCAACAACCUGGACGAGUGCUUGGAGGGCGCCAUGGUGGAGAAGGAGAUCGAGUCGCUGCAUUCCGACCACUGCAUCACGUCCGGGCGAGAGAGGUGGUUCAAAACGUUGCCGCCGGUGUUGACGUUCGAGCUCUCCAGAUUCGAGUUCAACACACAGUUGGGACGUCCCGAGAAGAUUCACAAGAAACUGGAGUUCCCGCAAAUUAUUUACAUGGACAGAUAUCUUCACAGAAAUAUUCAGCUGACGCAUGAAAGGAGGAGUACGGUCAAGAAGCUGAAGGAACAACUUGCAGUCCUUCAACAGAAAUACGAGUGCUACAAAAACUAUGGCUCUGGUCCGACCAAGUACCCGCUGACGGACAUGCUGCAGUUCGUUCUGGAGUUUGCCACCACAAAGCCCUCGAGUGUGUCCCCGACCGAGGAUCUGAGAGCAGCUGCCUCCUCCCCCACCCCGCCCCACCCCCUGAGUGACAGCCUGGGGCCUAAAGACAGUGACCCGGACGAGGCGUGUGAGAGCCUGGGCGACGGUGUGUCCUCGUGCCAAAGAACACCCAUCUACAAGCCCUUCACGCAGUGCAGACCCCCCGUGGAGUGCCCCCCUCACCCGGCCCCCCACAGCGUCACCGAGGAGGAGCUGUUCCACGUCAAGAACUGCCUGCAGCGCUGGAGGACGGAGGCCGACAACGACAUCAACGAGCUUAAAGCGAGUAUUGACCGAGUGUCUCAGGAGCUGGAGCGCAUGUACUCUGACACCAGUCUGUGCCAGGUGCCCUACCGGCUCCAUGCGGUCCUGGUCCACGAGGGCCAGGCCUCCGCUGGCCACUACUGGGCGUACAUCUACGACCACCGCCACCGGCGCUGGAUCAAGUACAACGACAUCAACGUGAGCGAGUCGUCCUGGGAGGAGCUGGAGAGGGACUCGUUUGGAGGAAUGACCAACGCCAGCGCUUAUUGCCUCAUGUACAUCGACGACCGCAUGCCUCAGCUCGUCACAGAAGACACAGACGACGAGACGGGCCAGCCGCUGGUGGGCAUGGACUCCCUUCCUUCGGUUCUGCGCCGCUACGUUCACGAGGACAACCGCUGGUUCCAACAGGAGCUGAGCGAGUGGGAGGAGCAGUUCUGCCAGGCCUCCCAGGCAGGCGCCCAGGGCGAGAGCACGGUGACGCUGUGUCCAGAGCCUCCACAGCCACACACGGAGCCACAACAGAAGGCCGAGCAGGAACCAGAGAGCACUGAGGCUGCAGAGGGACCGCAGACUGAGGCCCAGGCCCAAGAGGAGCAGACACAUGCUCUGCUUCACCAGGAGGCGGCUGCAGACCCCCCCGAGCCCCCCCAGAGCGACACCAGCGCAGCAGAACCAUGUGACACUGUGGAGCAGGGCCAAGGCUCCAGCUCGGCCCCCAGAGAAGCUCCCAGAGAAGCUCCCAGCCCGACUUCUGAACCCACAGAGGAGACAAAGGAGUCGUCGGAGGACCAGGUGGAGGAGGAGAGCUCGGAGGGGGCCGCCUCUGGACCCUCUGCUGCUGUGGAGCUGCAGGACCAGGACAGUCCAGUGGAAAACCAGGAGCCUCCCGCAGAGCGCCCACAGCCCGAGAACGAAGUGUCCGAGGUGGAUAUCCCCAAUGUGGGCCGCAUCAUGGUCCGAGCAGACGCCGACGGAUACAACGAAGAGAUGAUGCUGACCCCCGCCAUGCAGGGGAUCAUCUUGGCCAUCGCCAAAGCCCGAAAGAUCUUUGACCAGGACGGUCCUGAGGCGGGUCUCAUCAAGGCCUUCCAUGAGGAGUACAACCGUCUGUACGAGCUGUCGCAGGAGGAGGGCAGCCUCGCGGAGGACGCCCGGCUGCAGCACUGCCUCGUCUACUUCUUCCAGAACAAGACGCCCAAACGCAUCAUCGAGAGGACGCUGCUGGAGCAGUUCACGGACCGUAACCUCAGCUUCGACGAGAGAGCCAUCAGUAUCAUGAGAGAGGCCAGAGCCAAGCUGCGACUGAUCAAACCUGAAGACAUGGACAUGGAUGAAUACCUGCGGUGGCAUGAGGACUACAAAAUGUUCAAGACCGUGUUCGUGUACCUCCUCACCGGCCUGGAGCACUACCAGAAUGGAAAAAUGAGAGAAGCUCUGACGUACCUGGCCCACGCCUACGACACCAACAGCACUCUGCUGAAGAGCGGCGCCAAACGGGGAGUGGACGAUUCCCUCAUUGCAGUUUAUCGGAGGAAAUGCCUCACAGUGAGUCACAACAACACCUGUGCCUGCAUGUAG